CAGCGAUUAAUCUAAAUAAUAUAAAGUAUUUUAUUAUUCUUCUAAACAUAAGUAACGGUAAAUAAACGUACUAUCAAAAUUGUAGAGAUUUGUAUCAAAGCAGAAUUAGUAUUUGUAUGUCGAACAAGGCAGGCUAAUAAAGGCCCGGUUAAAUAGCAACAUCCAGUGAAUAAAAUUAAAUUGAAUUAAAUGAUGGAAAAACAGAUAGCAGAGAAACUACCGGAGGGGCAAUUACUCACUAAAUCUGGUAGUAAAUUGCCUAUUAAGGCGUACAAAAGAAGAUGGUGGAUAAUGUUUGUUUUUAUGUAUUACGCUGGGAUUAAUGCUUUGCAAUGGAUCGAAUAUUCCAGCAUUACCGCCAUUGUCGUCAAAUAUUACAAUGUCAGUACUUUAGCUGUAGAUUGGACUUCGACUGUUUUCAUGGUUGUGUAUCCAAUAUUGGUGAUUCCUGCGUCAUACCUUAUUGAUAAAAAGGGGGUAAGAUUGGCUGUACUUGUAGGAUGUACCGGUACGUUUAUAGGGACCGCUAUAAAAGUACUGUCCAUUCGAGGCGACAUGUUUUGGCUAGUAUUAGUUGGCAACACGAUUGUUUCUGCUUCUUGUUUAGUAAUCGUAUGUCUACCACCGAAAUUGGCAUCUUUAUGGUUCCAAGCCAAUGAAGUUUCGACUGCAUGUUCUUUAGGUGUUUUCGGUUCGCAAAUGGGUUCGGCAAUAGGUUUCGUUCUGCCGCCAUUUUUGGUUCACGAUCAUGACAAUCUUGAAGAUAUUGGAAGUAAUUUAAAAGUGCUGUGUUGGGUACUAGCAAUAGCGAUGAUUCCACCAACUGUAGCUGUAUUUCUCUAUUUUCCAGAUGAACCUCCGUUGCCUCCGAGCAAUGUACAAGCUGUUUUAAGAGAAAAUAAAGUACAGUUUGACACUAAAGUGUUUUUCCUCUCCAUUAAAGACUUGUUUUUAAAUACAGGUUUCGUUAUUCAUCUGUGCGGUUAUGGGAUAAACAUAGCUGUAUUCUCUGCCAUUGGGACCUUAUUAAGUCAGUUCAUAUUGAGCUUUUUCGAGGGUGCGAAUCAAGAAGCAGGAUUUAUGGGAUUUAUUCUGAUUAUUGCUGGAAUGAUUGCAAUGCUGGCCUUUGGAAUUUUACUGGAUAAAACUCAUAAAUAUAAGGAAAUUGCCUUAUUCAACUAUUUUUUUGCGGGAGUAAGCAUUUUGUGUUUAAUGUUUGCGUUAAAAUACAGAUUGAAAAUCAUGACCUAUGUUGCCUGCAUUUUAGUAGGCAUAUUCACAAACGCCUACAUGAUGGUAGGCUUUGAAUUCGGCAUGGAAUUAACUUUUCCUGCGGAAGAGAGCACCACGAGUGGCAUCAUGCUAGCCAGCUCUCAGAUUUUGGGCGCCAUCUUCACCAUAAGUUUGGGAUACAUCAAUCUUUGGUUGGGACCGUUUUGGGCUUUAUCCACCCAAGUCGUGAUGAUGUUUAUCGGUACCAUAGCCACCGCUUUCGUGCCGAACGAUUUACGUAGACAGGAAGCGUUCAGGAGGAAUAGUCCUGAAUACAGCGUUCGGAAGGCUUCUUAUCACGGAUCUAGACCAAUGUUUAUCGAAUGAAAUGUGUGAUAUAAUAAAGAUUUUUUUAUAAUA